AUGUUCAGAAUCCUCAUCCGCCAGACAGUUAAGGUUAUUCCCCGACAAUUCCAGGUUACGUCCAGGGUGGGCGGGCCCCGUACGUUGGCCCUGCCAGUUACGAUACACUCAUUCGACGCUAUUUCCCGGACGUCGGCCCCCAGGUCUACAUCGCCCGCGAGCGCGAGAAAGAGGCUAUGGAGCGUGGUGAAUACGUGGAUAUCCACGCUAUCGGUAACCUGGACCCGCGGGAUUAUGAUGUUUUGAUCCCGGAUGUUGAUGAUAAGAAAUUGCGAGGUGAGAUUGCGGAGAUAGUGGGCAUACCAUACCACGCGAAGGUGACUAGGGAGGAUACCGAUAGGGUGAUCGAGAUCGGCCAUUGUUACCUAUACGGCCGGACUGGUAGGACUAUAUUUCCGGCAGUUGUUGGUGAUGAUGAUCGGGCUCAUUGGGUUUUUUUCAUCGUGAACACUGCAUCUCCUUUGACUUAUCUUUCAGCCCAACUGAGUGCUCCUCCCUGUCAGCAGGAGGCCCGCUGCUAACUGCUCUAGACGAAUGACCUCUUUGGUAUCGCGGUGGAUGAACUGUGGCCGAGUCUUGUCACGAUUGCUGGACAUCACUAG